GCACUGUUAUUGAAAAGGGGUCAAUGUUGGAAAAAUAUUAUUUGUUGUCAAAAAUAAACGAAGGCUCCUAGUAAUGUGAAAGAAAUGAGAGCUGUAGCAUUUCUUAUAUUGAUACUAAAUGGACUAGUGUCAUCUAUGCGUCGGGGGCCGCAUCACCCGCACGGACAACUGCCAGUGGAUCAGAAGCAUCAUCACUACAAACCAAAAUCUUCGCAGUCUCUCACUAGAGACUCGCAGCUGUUACACGAUACGAAACAUCUGGAAGAAGAUAACAUGGUUUUGACUCCGGAAGCCUUAGCCAAGAUGUCACCAGAGGAAUUAGAAUUUCAUUAUUUUUCAGCUCACGAUUAUGAUCGAAAUUCUAAGCUGGAUGGAUUAGAAAUGUUAAAGGCAGUGUAUCAUACAAUGGAACAUGAAGCUCCCGAUACUGACAAUGAUGAUCCCAUAGAGCCAGAAUCGAAUGAUAUUAAUCUCUACAUUGCUCUUGUAGACAAGACGUUGGAGUCAGAUGACAGCGAUAGGGAUGGAUAUAUCUCAUACUUGGAGUAUCGCGCGGCUCGUCAAAACAAUUCAACUGACCGAAGUCCAAGAGUUAUAGUUUCUGGGAAAUCUCCGUCUUAAUUUUGUCUAAGCUAUUAAAUAGUGCUAUGUGCACUGGUAGCGCGUCUGGCAGGGCAACCCGCGCUCGCCCCAUGUUGCAGCCUCUUUAAUCCCGUUCGAUAUGUCCUCGUAGGGCUCCAGGUCGAUGCUGUUACUGGAAUAUAAAAAAAAGAAAUGAAUUAAAAUAAUUUUAAAAUA